CAACUACAUUUUAUACCGGACAUUCAGAUCAUACCUCCACUGAGUAACGCCCUGCAUAAGGGGCAAAUGGGUCGUAUAGCUGUUGUUGGUGGAUCGAAGGAAUAUACAGGCGCGCCUUACUUCGCUGCAAUUACAGCGCUCUCUUGUGGAGCUGAUUUGGUACAUGUGAUUUGUGCGGCUUCCGCUGCCCAGGCUAUUAAGUGCUACAGUCCUGAACUUAUAGUUCACCCGACCCUAGACAUUGAUCUUACAGAAUCGUUAAAAUGGGUGUCCAAGAUGCACUCUGCAGUGAUCGGUCCUGGUCUUGGUGUACGGCCUUCUGAAGACCCAAAAGAGACGUCAAAAUUAGCAGCUGCCCUGGGAAAUCUUACCAUUAUCCGGAAAGGACCAAAAGACAUCAUAACUGAUGGGGAAAAUAGUACGCAUUUCUAUAUCGUUAAAAGGGGCAGGGCUAUCACUUCCACCGUCCUGAGUUAUGUCAGUACACUACUAAAACUUGUGUUCUGCCGUUGGUCACCCAUCUUUUGUUUUAAAGUGCUCCUCUGCGAUACACAAGGCUCUCCGAGGCGAUGUGGGGGACAAGGAGAUCUUCUGUCUGGCGCCGCUGCAGUCUUUUCUCAUUGGUUCGCUGAAAAACCUCCGAUUUGCUCAUCGCUUUUCAAACGCAGUUUCCUGACAACAAGGAUGAUAGAUGAAGUUGCGCCAGCGUUCGAUGAACUGUUUCGGCAGGCAAAAAGAUUGCCACAGACUAUUCAUUUUUCUAAGCUCUUCGCGCUAAUGUUUUCCCAGAUCGCGCAUUGGUAA